GUUACAUAAUGAUAGGUUUGAGGAGUAUAAUGUGUCUCGAGAUGUAAGUUAACAUAACAUGAUCGUCAAACAUAUGAAAAGAAAACGUAAAAUUGAAUAUAGAAUAGUGGAACUCUAGCGCCUGAGGGGAAGUUGAGAGCGUCUCUCUCUAGACCGUUUGAGGUUUAGACUCUUCCCCUUUUCUUUGGUCCGGCACCACCACUUGCGGUGGCCGCCGGCGCCGGAGCCCUCCCGGCUCCGGUGGUCUUGUUUCAUGGCUAUGGCCGGAUUUUUGGAACCUAUCUCUUGAUGCAAGACUACUAAAACCUUGUGGGUUGUUAACUUAGUUGGUGCACAGCAUGAAAGGAGCUCCGACGACACUUUAAUUGUCACUGUCAUUCGAUGACCAUGGGAAAGGUUGAAGGUAAGUGUUCGGUUGGGGAUGAACGGAAUACUGGUGGUUUGGGUGCUGUUUGGGCUUCCUGGAAAGCCGUGUUGUUGAUGUUCUAGGCUGGAUUUUCAUGGCCUGAAUUCAAGGUGGAAGAUAAGCUAAUUUUUUGGACUGAUCCUUCUGUACAUGGUCCGGUGGUCCAUCUACCGGUUUAUGCUUCAGGUUUGACUACUUUACUCACCUUCUUUCUUUUCCUUUUCAUUCACAACCGGGGUGAAAACCCUCCGGUGAAUGCAGUUCCAUCGUCCUCGGACGGGUCGCCGGAAUGGUUGGGGUAGUUGAAUACGUCAGAGAUAGUGGAUGGGGGCACUCGUCAAUGGCGGUUUUUGACUCCCUGAAUGUCUAGGAACCUGCUCGUCUUCCUCCUGCAUCUGAAAGCCUGCAGGUUGUUCAUCUUCCAUGGGCUUUGGCGUUCUCCGUGGCAGCACCGGGUGUGGGUGGUCCCGGUGCAGUUCCUUUCACGCGGCCUCAGCUUUAAACUGCUUCGUUACGGAUCCCUGGCUGGGCCAAGACCGGGGAUUGGGAGUUUGCAGCCACGGGUGGUCGUAAUAUGAAAAUAGAGAUUUAUCCCUGUUCGUCAACCUGUGUGGAAGGAAAUGUCCAGAAAUGAGGUUAAAUCUGCUAUCUUGCUAUUCGGCGCCUGUGGAGUUUCACACCCUGAGGGUUGAUAUCGCGCUUGUGUUGGUGGAGUUUUUUUUUGUCGGAGAAGAUGAACGGAAUCCUUGGGGUUUUGGGAAUCGGAAAAGUUAGUUUGCUUUCCGGGUACUGUUAAUACGCCAUCCUUUCGCUACCUCACCUAUGCCGCCGGGGGUCGCCGGAGCUCGACGGGGGUGGGUGGUGGGAGGUGGGAUUACGGAUUGGCAGGUGUUCACUUUCCGGCUGGGACUUCUUUCUCCUCCACCGUUGCCACCGGGACUGAUGCCGGAGCCUGGUGGGGGUGGGGGAGUGGUUAUGGGUUACUUUUUGGCCAGGCGGAGCUUCGCCGGGGAACGACAGAGACUUGCCGGAAUUUUGCCGGCGAUGGAAACGGUAGAGUCAACGGUCUGCGUGGAUGGAAUUGAUUGGACCGCCUGUCUGCUGUCCUGUCUGGUACUGUACCAACACGUGGGAUGGUUUCUUUUGAAUUUUGAUCAACAGAUGCGGCGCUAGAGGAAGCGAUGCCUAUUGGGCCGACCCGGAGGAACUCUCCAAACCCUAGCCUCAGCUGGGACGCGGACGCCUUUGGGAGUUUGGGAAGGGCUGACUUGGUGGGCUAAGUUACUGCUGGGUUGGUGUAUUAACUAUUUUGCUUAAAGAAAGGUGCAUGCGGACAAGGGAAUUACCCUGGACGCUGGGAAGAAGCAGAUAUAUGUGCUGGGCCUUUGGGCUUUUAUUAGCUCACAACCCAGUCUCUUUACUUUUUGUGGACUGAUGUUUAUGUUGUUGUUUUGAACUAUUUUCAAUUGUGUUACUAAGUCGGGGCCUGUCCCGUACUAGUUUGUGAUUUCUGUUUUACAAAUCUCCCCUCUCCCUUACCCUUGCCGUGAGGUGGAG